UUUUCCAUUUCAGGGGAGGCUCCUGCCUUCCUUAGCAGCCGCCUGGCUUUCCAAACCAAGCCAAGAGCCCUCUUGGGAAUUCGGCAGCACUUGCACCAUCUAAACCCCCGCUGCACAAGGUGCCCCGCUGGGUGAGCGGCGCGGGGAGCGGGAGAAGCCGCAGCCAUGGCGGAGCGGAAAGUGCUGAACAAAUAUUACCCCCCGGACUUCGAUCCUGCCAAGAUCCCGAAGCUGAAGCUCCCGAAGGACCGGCAGUACGUGGUGAGGCUCAUGGCCCCCUUCAACAUGAGGUGCAAGAAGUGUGGGGAGUACAUCUACAAGGGCAGGAAGUUCAACGCCCGCAAGGAGACGGUGCAGAACGAAUCCUACCUGGGGCUGCCCAUCUUCCGCUUCUACAUCAAGUGCCCGCGCUGCCUGGCCGAGAUCACCUUCAAGACAGACCCCAAGAACACGGAUUACACUGCGGAGCACGGCGCCACCAGGAACUUCCAGGCAGAGAAGCUCCUGGAGGAGGAGGAGAAGAGGAUGCAGAAGGAGAGGGAAGAGGAGGAGCUCAACAAUCCCAUGAAGGUCCUGGAGAACCGAAUCAAGGACUCCAAGCUGGAGAUGGAGAUCCUGGAGAACCUGGAGGAGCUGAAGGAGCUCAACCAGCGCCAGGCCAACGUGGACUUUGAGGCCAUGCUGAAGCAGUACAAGGAGCUGGAGGAGGAGCAGAGGCGCAAGGAGCAGGAGGAGGACGAGCAGGAGGUGAAGGCCAUGUUGCAGCAGGCCCAGGACCGCCGGCUGCUGGUGGAUUCCGACUCUGACGAGGAACCGGCAGAGCGCCGUCCAAAUCCCGCAGCCCAAAGAAAACCCGCAGCCGUCCUGCGGGAGGGCCCCCGGGGCAAGAGGCCGAGGACGGAGAGCUGGGAGCGCAGCGCGGGCAAGCUCAGCUCCAGGGCCCGGCUGGCAGGGCUGGUGGCCCGCAGGAAGCAGAAGCCACGUCCUGCCCUGGAUAACGGGAUGGAAACCCCAGGAACCACGGCCACCACCGGCUCGCUUCCAGCCGCAGCAGCCGUGUCCUCGCUGGGUUUGCUGGGAGCCUACGAGGACAGCGAGGACAGCGAGGACAGCGCCAGCGGCUGAGCCAGCGCGGUGGGGACGGCAGGGACACAGCUGGGACUGGGCUGUCCCCGCUCCCUGCUGCUCCUGGAGCCCCACACGGAGCACAUCCCACCUUUGCACAGACUGGGGGGCUCCUCCAGCCCCUCACGGCGGGGACAGGGCUGUCCUGCCACCGCCAGCCCCUCUAGCUGUCCCCAGGAGAUCAGGGACAAACCCCUCCCUGCUGUUCUGUGCCUGCUGGGCUCCAGCAGCCACAACUCUAGAAGAAAUGGG